AGAAUUGAGUCUCUGUUUCUGGGUUUUGGACUUUGAAGAAAUUAGGGUUUUUGUUGAAUCAUUCAAAAACAUUGACCAUGGAGAUCAAAGAGACUAAGAGUCUCCAACAAGAAUGAAGAAGAAGAUUAAAAAAUCUCUUUUUUCUCUUGGGCUGAAUAUUAUUUGAGAGGAGCAGGAAUUAAAAGCCUCUUGAAUAUCCACAGAUUAGAGGCCAAAGAAUCUCUGGACAAAUGGACUAAAACCGCAGAUGUCACAUUUAUACAAGGGGCUCAUUGGGUUGAGGAUUUCUGUGUUAUCAAUCUGGUGUUAGUUUGAAGUUAUGCUCACAUGGGUGAUAUUCAAGAAAGAUUGUCAGUUUCAUCAUCUUCGUCUUCUUCAUCAUCCUCAUUGUCACUAUCAACAUCACAACCUAAAGCGGAUUCAUUGCUGAUAGAGGAGGAAUCUUGGAUGAUUGCAGAGGAGAGAGCUCAUGAGAUACUUUGCACUAUCCAACCUGCCCUUGUUUCAGACAAAAGUAGGAAUGAGAUCAUUGAUUAUGUACGAACUCUAAUCAAGAGUCAUGAUGGAAUUGAGGUCUUUUCAUUUGGUUCAGUGCCACUAAAGACCUAUCUCCCAGACGGAGAUAUCGAUCUGACUGUCCUAACUAAGCAAAAUAUGGAUGACGAUUUUUAUGGUCAAUUGUGCAAGAGGCUUCAAAAUGAAGAAAGAGAAUCUGAAUUCCAUGCAACAGAUGUGCAAUUUAUCCCUGCACAGGUCAAGGUCAUAAAAUGCAAUAUCAGAAACAUUGCUGUGGAUAUCUCUUUUAAUCAAACGGCAGGUCUCUGUGCUUUAUGUUUUCUCGAACAGGUUGACCAACUCUUUGGGAGAGAUCAUCUUUUCAAGCGUAGCAUCAUCCUAGUCAAAGCUUGGUGCUAUUACGAGAGUCGAAUUCUUGGUGCUAACACUGGAUUGAUCUCAACAUAUGCAUUGGCAGUACUAGUUUUGUACAUCAUCAACCUAUUUCAUUCAUCUUUAUCUGGCCCUCUAGCGGUUCUGUAUAAGUUCUUGGAUUACUAUGGUUCAUUUGACUGGAACAGCUACUGUGUCAGUGUCAAUGGUCCUGUGCCAAUAUCUUCCCUUCCAGAACUUACGGCAGCUUCUCCAGAAAAUGGGCAUGAGUUAUUGCUUGACGAGAAGUUUUUAAGAAACUGUGUAGAGUUAUAUUCUGCUCCAACUAAAGCUGUUGACUCAAAUGGUCUUGAGUUUCCUAUCAAACAUCUCAACAUAGUUGAUCCUCUAAAAUACAGCAACAACCUCGGAAAAAGUGUUACACAAGGAAAUGUCCAACGAAUAAGACAUGCUUUUACACUUGGAGCUCGAAAGCUCAGAGAUGUUCUUUCGUUACCUGGUGCCACCAUGGGAUGGAGAUUGGAGAGGUUCUUUCGUAACUCUUUGGAGAGAAAUGGUAAGGGACAAAGGCAAGAUGUAUAUGAUCCCGUUACUGCGUUUGGUACUGGAAGAUCAGAAUUGUCUGAACUUAGUGGAGAUUUCGAAGGUUACUUUGGAAGACUUGUGUAUGGGCAAAUUCAUGGGUAUAGCUUACCUGGAACAUUUCAGCAUGGCUAUAUCCCGGUUAGUUCUCAAGUUACGGACCCAAGUGGUUGGGAUAUUGUUCGUCACCUAGUGACUUACCGAAAGAACGAGUUUUAUCUUAACAGUCUCAAUGUAUCAACCUCUACGCAGCCUUUUCCUUUGCACUCUCAUGGCUGUCAAAACAUGAGGAGAGGAACCGGCACUUAUAUUCCUGACAUGAGUCAACAGGUAUACUCUGACAGGUUCAGAGACUCAGAUACUGGAACCUCAUCAACUCAUCACUUAGAAGCUUCCGCUGAGGCAAUAGACAACGAUGGAGCCAGUAGUUGCUGCAAUCUUUCUGGUGAAGUGUCUACUUGUACCGGUAACAAAGGAGAAGAAUGUGUGAGACCAGAGACUAAUAGUAACCCAGAUCAGAAGCCUGUGCUGAAAUCUCAAAGAUCUGAGCAUUUGGAGAUUGAUGACAAUUGCCAAUUUCCACCACCAGAAAACCCAGUAGAACCUCUAUCUUCAAGCACAUUGGUAUUGGAAAAUGGCAAAGAAGAGAACAGCAGAUCCUCCCAAACCAUGAACGGUUCUUGACUUUUAGUGAUUGUGACCAAAUCUUUGGUUGAUAUCUUGACAUUACCUUCAGGAUUACUAGGUUCUCUUAACCACAUGGACAAACUCUAUUUGGGAUUUCAGGAACUUAUUUUCUUUGUUGACCAAUGUUUCGUUAGAGAUCUCUUCUUCAUUGUUGGUAGGACAGAAUAUACAAUAGUGGUAUAG